GUCACAUGGGCGAGCCCCACUACUGAGAACAUUCAGUUCUCUCGACUCAAACCCACAGACGCGCUCACAGACACUCACUGACACACACACACACACACACACUGGGAGGGGGAGUUCCUCGUCGACGUCCUGUUCUCGCUCAGAAAGUAAACGCCGCUGGAUGAGACGCAGCUCCGGUGACUCUCACAUCUGGACCUGCAGCUCCUCCUCGGACAUCGCCUCCUCCGGUGUGAGCUCCUCACCUGCGUCUUUCUUCGCUCCUCCGCUCCUCCUCGUCGUUGUCUUUACGCACCAGUGGCACAAGACCCGGUCCGGAGUCCACAGCCUUGAGUCAUCCCCUCCGUCGGAGAUGCCUGAGGACGUCGGGACAGCGAAGCCUGGGGGCGUGAUUGCCUACAUUUCCUCCGGCUCCUCCUCCAGCCAGGAGUCCUUCAUGAGCACCAGCCCGAGCCGCGGCUACAUGUCCACGUCGCCUCCUCUGUCCCGCCCCUCGCUGCCCAGCAGGGCCGUGGGCAUGGUCGUGGAUAUCGCUCCACCGGCCAAGAGCGGCAACCUGCGCGGCCACGGCACGGAGAAGGCCGGGCGCUCCUCCACGUCCGCCAAGAGCAGCAUCACCAAAAUCAACGGCAUGGUGCUGUUGUGCAAAGUGUGCGGCGAUGUGGCCUCGGGGUUCCACUACGGCGUGCACGCCUGUGAGGGUUGCAAGGGCUUCUUCAGGAGAAGCAUCCAGCAGAACAUCCAGUACAAGAAGUGUCUGAAGAUGGAGAACUGCACCAUCAUGAGGAUCAACAGGAACCGCUGCCAGCAGUGUCGCUUCAAGAAGUGUCUGUCUGUCGGCAUGUCCCGAGAUGCCGUGCGAUUUGGCCGCAUCCCAAAGAGGGAAAAGCAGCGGAUGCUGCUGGAGAUGCAGAACGCCAUGAACAACAUGAUGAGCAACAACAGCCAGCUGCACAGCAUGCUGCACGGCCACCAGAGCCCCGCACUGCCCAUGGAGGCCAUGACCAGCGACGCCAGCUCUUCGGCCUCCUCUUCCUCCUCUUCUGCUUCCGACUCCCCGUCGUGCUCCAACCCCUCGUCGCCGCAGUGCCCACAGGACUCGGAGUCCGUGGUGUCCAUGGACACCAACUCCAGCUCCGCCUCCUCCUGCGCAUCGGACAGUGGUGAGGACGAGGCCGUCGUCACGACCAGCAGGCAGCACCAGCACGCCUUAGAGUUCAGCCAGCAGAGGUCGCCGAGGCAAGGUCAGGUCUCGUCCUCGGCCGUCACCGUUGCCCUGGAGACCAGGUGCGAAAGCCGCUUGGAGGAGCAGCAGCAGCAGGAGAGCUGGAACUCGUGGAACAACAACGCAGAGAUGGGAGGUUUCCAGCACAGCUCGUACAGUAACAGCCAACACGUCACCAACGCUGCUUUCAGGGACGAGAGGGGCGUUUACCAGCAGCUGCCCCAGCAGCAGCGCAACAGCGCCCCUAGCUGCGAACCCUCAGAAGACGGCCAAAGACAGAAUGAAUUUCACACUCAAAAUGCCUCAAGUGGUUACAAUGGACCAACCAGCUGCGUGAAUAACAGAGCACACCUGGUCUGUCCCAUGAACACCUCGCCCUACGUGGACCCCCACAAGCCAAGCCAGGAGAUCUGGGAGGAGUUCUCCAUGAGCUUCACCCCGGCCGUGCGGGAGGUGGUCGAGUUCGCCAAGAAGAUCCCAGACUUCCGUGACCUUCCCGAGCGCGACCAAGUCAGCCUGCUGAAGGCUGGAACCUUCGAGGUGCUGAUGGUCCGAUUCGCGUCUCUGUUCAACGUGGUCGAGCGGACCGUAACCUUCCUGAGCGGCAAGCGCUACAGCCUCGACACGCUGCGCUCACUUGGCGCCGGCGAGCUCCUCAACUCCAUGUGCGAGUUCAGCGAGAAGCUGGCGGCGCUGCGGCUCGACGCCGACGAAAUGAGUCUCUUCACCGCCGUGGUGCUCGUCUCAGCCGAUCGCUCAGGGAUCCAGGACCUGAUCGCGUUGGAGGCCCUGCAGGACAAACUGAUCCGGGCUCUUCGAAACCUGGUGAUUCAGAACCACGGCGAGGAGGCGGCCACCACGUUCACCAAACUGCUACUCAAGCUUCCCGAGCUGCGUUCACUCAACAACAUGCACUCAGAGGAACUGCUCUCCUUCAAGGUGCACCCUUGAAAUCUUCCGGAUGGGGACGAACCCAUGUCCUCCACCUCCUCCACACAACUCCACCUCCACCAGGACCUGCCUCUUUCCGCCACCCCCCCCCCGCCCUCUGUACUCGACCAACCCAGUUGCGUGUUUGUUUCUAGAAUGUAUUGAAAAUUAUUUUAUAUUCUAUUUUUGUUAAGUCGACCACGUAGGGUCUGAAGAGAGAGGAGUUUUAAAAAAACGUACUGUAUUUAUAGGAGGUAGCUCACGCUUGUGGCACACGAACACACGCAAGUGCACGUGUGUCAGAGGUGCUUAGUUGCGCAAAGCUGGAGCCACUCUUCUACUUUCAAGUGACAGAAGAUUACUUCAUUGGCUUUAAGAAAAGACAGAACAGAAGCUGAUUAGUGCGUCAUUUGUUUUUAUUUAGAGAAUUUACGUUUCCUCCAGAAGCCAUUUAAUUCCAAAGUGUAUUCUCUGAUGAGCGGGUGAAUGUGAGAAACAAUAUUCGCUCACCGCAUGUUUGUUUGGUCCAAUAUAUUUUGACUGAUACAUGU